AUGGCGACCUCAGAGCUCUCGCCAAGCGUCUUGAGGCCCUUGCUGGCUCGCUCGAGGACGCGCCCAGCUUCUUACGGUAAGCUUAUCCAACUGAGGCGAAGCCAGGGCAGCGAGCUUUCUAAAUCUCUGGGCGCGAAAGCAUUUACAUUCCUGUUCUACGCCUACUUAAGGAUAGUGGGUCGUGUAGCUCAGUUGGCAUGGGCGUCUGUCCUGCAGUUCGAGCCCGAUCGGAGAGGAACGGCCACUCGAGUCCACAUAGAGAUGUACAUCAGGAGCUUCGGUUCAAUCAACCCGAUCCACAUGGACUACACCGUGGACCUCUAUCUCCGCCAGCGUUGGUUGGAGCUGCGGUUCCUCAACAACUCCCUCACUCGACCCAUUGACCUCAAUGACCCCAUUUUGGUCAAGUUCUUGUGGAAGCCCGAGGUUUACUUCCCCAACGCGAAGGAGUCUGACUUCCAGUAUGUCACGGUGCCCAAUGUGAUGCUGAGGAUCCACCCCGAUGGCACCAUUCUGUAUAUUUUGAGACUCAAGCUGACCUUCUCCUGCAUGAUGGACCUGUCAAGCUUCCCUCUCGACCACCAGACGUGUUACAUUCAGGUGGCCAGCUUUGUCAAGACGACCCGGGAGCUCGAGCUCGUGUGGUACGACGACAACCCCAUCAAGAUGUACAAGCGCCUCAAGUUGCCGCAGUUCCAGAUUAAGGACAUUAAGACGGAGACCUGCAGACAGUCCUUCCAUAUCGGCAACUACAGCUGUCUCCAGGCGGUGUUCGAGCUGCGGCGCAACGUGGGCUACCACCUGGUGCAGUCGUACCUCCCGACGUCGCUCAUCGUCGUGGUGUCGUGGGUGAGCUUCUGGCUGGACGUGGACGCCAUUCCCUCCCGGGUGACCCUCGGGGUGACCACGCUCCUCACCGUCUGCUCCGAGUCCACCUCCUUCAGGGACAAGAUGCCCACGGUGUCGUACGUGAAGGCGCUGGACAUCUGGAUGGGCUCCUGCACCGCCUUCGUGUUCCUGGCGCUGGUCGAGUUCACCGUCGUCAACCACCUGGCGAGGCACCACCGCCGCUACCUCUUCUGGGGCUCCAAGUACGUCCACCUCUCCUCCUCCGCCCGCGAGUGCAGCGACGCCCCCGGCAACGCCCGUGCCGCCGCCACGCCCACCUGCUACGCCAAGACGCCCCGCAGCCCCUCGACCCCGUGGCCGAGCGCCGGGGUGGUGGCGCCCCGGAGGAGGCCCACGAACCUGCUCAAUGUGAGACACGCAACUGGAGGGCCGACGUCGGCGGCAACGGCCUCAAGGCGGCCGCCCACGACUCGGCGCCCGCGGCCCCCAAGGAAGGCCCCGAGGCCACGGCGGGCGAGCGAGCGACGUCCGCCCGAGGGGGAGGCGGCCGCGGCUGAGCGAGAGGGCGUCGAGGACCUGUGCGAGUCGAGAGGCGUCUACUCGACCGACCCGACCGAGGAGAAGCUGUCGUGUCUGCCGUCGAGGUGGAAGAAGGAGGCCGUCCUGGCCAAGAGGAUCGACAAGAUCUGCCGGGCGGUGUUCCCCAUCAUGUUCGUCCUGUUCAACAUCGCCUACUGGGACUACUACGAGGUCCUGGCGCUGUGAUCCCGAGGGUGACGUCGCAGCGUGCCACGGGGAUCGAGGGUGACGUCGCAGCGUGCCACGGGGAUCGAGGGUGACGUCGCAGCGUGCCACGGGGAUCGAGGGUGACGUCGCAGCGUGCCACGGGG